CGCGGUGCAAAGUCGGCAGCCCUUUCGCAAAGUCAAUGGGUAGCCACGUCGUACGGUGCCAAACGCGGUGGCGGCCGACAGCCAUGGCGCUCACUUUGCAACUUGCAUCCCUACGAACAAAUCCCCCGCUCGAUUCCCAUGACCUUUUUCAACGUGUACUCGCAAGAAACGCGCGAUGCCCACAACGGCGCCACGAUCUCGACGUCGUCGCCGGAAAUCGACAACCUCGUCAACGAGAUUUACUCGGCCGCCGCUGGUUUCGGCACGGACGAAGACCGGUUGAGCCACGCGCUGGGCAACCGCACGACCCGCGAACGCUACUUGAUCAGCGUUCGGUACCCGCAGAUCCACAAGAAGUCGCUGCUGGAUGAAGUCAAGAGCGAAACGUCCGGUGACUACGGCAAAGCUCUCGAACUGUUGGCCCAGCCGCUGGAAGACGCUGAAGCUACCAUCCUGCGCGAUGCGACCAAGGGCUCUGGUACCAACGAAGACCUCAUGUACCCUCUCCUGGGCGGCCGCUCCCCUGAAGAGCUUGCCAUCUUGAAGAAGGCGUUCUUCCAAAAGUACCAAGAAGACUUGGUCGUGGUCGUAGCCGACGAUGUCGGUGGCGACCUCAAGAAAGUCUACUUGGCUGCUUUGAACUCGUUCGCUCAGACGUACGAUCCGGCCGUCCACACGCGCCACAAGGCCGAAGAAAUUGCGGAAGUUAUCUACAAGGCCGGCGAAGGCAAGUGGGGCACCGACGAAAGCGCAUUUGUGAAUGCGUUAUACUCGAUCCCGUCCGAGUUCCUUGCCGCCGUCGAUGCUGCCUACAAGGCCAAGCACAACCACGGGCUGAUUGUUGCGAUUGAAAAGGAAUUUAGCGGUGAUGCUGAACGCGCCCUCAAGUUCCACGUCCAGAUCCAACUCAACACGGUCGAAGCGAUCGCGGACCAGUUCGAGAAGACCAUGAAAGGCCUCGGCACGGACGAAUAUGGCUUGACGGCUGCCUUGAUCCGGUAUUCGUCGAUCUUGCCUCAAGUUGCCCAAGUCUACAAAGCCAAGCAUGGCAAGCACCUCCGCGAACGCAUCCAUGGCGAAACCAGCGGCGACUUUCAGAAGUUGCUCAUGAUCGUGUACGAUCGCGCGAUGCGCCACUAAAUAUUUUAUUGCAGGACCAACCGUGCCUGCGCCCCCUACACGCCAAGCAAAGUUGUAGGGCCCUAGGCGAUGGACUAGAUCGAAUAGACUGUCGUAAACGCAUAAACUAAUGUCGACAUCAUCUCCAA